AUGCGAUACAUACAAGACAGGCUUCCGUCCAUUCGAGUCCCCAGAAUUUAUGCCUAUGAGCCUGCCGGGUCGCCAAGAGCCAAGGCAGCAGGCGCCUCAUAUAUGCUUAUUGAAGGCUUCUAUGGCAAUGCCUUGAAGGAUUUCGAACUCGACAUGACAGUGCUUCCACUGGACAUGCAAAAGCGCAUCAUCGGCCAAUGGACUACAGUGCAGGCAGAACUGGUGACGCUGACAUUGCCAGCUAUCAGCUCCAUCUCAUCACUCUCCGACACAGGUGAACCAAUCGUCGGAAAGUUGGAAUCAGCCACCUUGGAAAGCUUUCAGGUCCGAGGGCCAUUUGGCAGCUCGACGGAUUAUUUUCUCGCCGCUGGCCAUGCCGCCCAGGCUAGACUUGCCGCGCAGGACGACAGCUCUCGUUGGGCAAGGCUCGGUGCCGCUGUUUUCUGCGACAUUGUCUCCAAGAAGGCUUUCUUCGCGGACUCGGAGGUAAACACUUCUUUCCAUCUCAACCACAUGGAUCUCGGCACGCAAAACAUCAUCGUUGACAACGACCUUCGCCUUCUUGCCAUCAUUGACUGGGGGUUUGCGCAGUCUGCGCCGUGGCAGGUCAACCGCUACCCGAUGCCGUUUCCGCUGCUCGACGCGCUAGAGGAAACGAAGCAAAUCUUGGCAGACCCCAACCAUCUAGCACAUAAAAAUGUGUUGCGGCAAGAAGCGACGCGGAAAAUGUACAAAGAUGGAUUUCGGGCGGCCGAGGAGGAGCUCAGGAGCCAAGGCCGAUCAUUGCCACAGUCGAUGGCCGAAGUUCUCGACAGCACGGCGUCGCGCAUCUUUGUGUGCUUUACACAUCUAGGUCGGAUGCCAGAGCAAGAUGAGGAGCUUGUGCGAAGAAUAGUGCAGCUGGCUUUUGGUUGGGAGGAUGCAAAGACAAACUCUUACUUGGCCGACAUGGAAGCGGCCUUGUAA